AUGACUCUCUACUAUGGACUCGUAUUUGGUCUCCUCGUACUCGAGGUGGUCACAUUCCUCGUACUCAUCAUCCCGCUGCCAUUUGCAUGGAGGAGAUCCAUGUUCAAGUUCCUCGCUACCAACCCACUGGUUGCAAAGGCACAGUAUGCUCUCAAGAUCAUGUUCAUAUUCGUAGCAGUCUUGUUCGUAGACGCCGUGCAGCGAAUGUGGAAAGUCACUACCGAUGGAGAGACCAUGAGGGAUCAGGCGGGCAUGAGGGACUCCAGGACCGAAUCUAGCUUCCACGCCAAGAAGUUCUAUGCUCAGAGGAACACUUACCUCACUGGAUUCACCCUCUUCCUCAGCUUGAUCCUGUCUCGAACCUACUCCUUGAUCACCGAGCUCAUUACCACCCAGGAGGAACUUGUAGCUGCAAAGGGUGGAUCCUCUUCUGCCUCGUCGGUGUCCAAGGGCGGCGCCUCUUCCUCGGAAGCAGAGAAGCUCAAGGUGCAGCUGGACAACCUCAAGAAGCAGACGGCUCAGCAGCAGACCGAGUACAACCGUCUGGCCGAUGAGCUGGCUGCUGCCAAGGGCCAGUCGCAGAGUUCUAGGAGCGAUUAA